AGUAUCUUCUACAAAUCUUUUGCAAAGGUCCCCCAGUACAGUAUAGUUAUAGUACCUGGAGCAAUUUUCUUUCCUAAUUUCAAUCCUAGCUAGAUAGGCUAGGAUCGUUACAUUUGAAAUUGAAUAUUGUGUUUGGCCAUGUGGCUCACAUAGAAACUUUGCUGUCUUCUAUUAUCCUCAAGUAUGGCUAGUGUGAGAAGAUUAAGGCAACAGGUGAUGAUUUUACUGAAGAGAUCCUACUGUUCGCAAACCUUGGGUGCUGUGAGUGCAAGAGCAAUGCCUGUAGCAAGAUCAUUAUCACAACUCCACUCAAGACAUUACCACUGCAAUGGAAAUCUUUUAGCUGACAGUGAAUCAAAAGACCCCAACUCUAUUGAGGACCAUAGUCAGGAACAGGCGCAGACUGGUCACCUUGAGUACGACCUCGACAAACUCUUGGAGAACAUCAGAGCAGCACAACGCAACACUGAGCUCACUGAAGAGGUAGCUGACGUGGAGAGGGCUCGUAGCUCACCAAUGAGCAUUGAGGAGCUUGUAGAUUUCCUCCGAGGGGAGAGAGGGGAGGAGGUGGCUGUGAUCCAGGUCCCGAGAGAGAGAGAGUACGUCAACUACUUCGUGACCUGUAUGGGACUGGGGGGUAGACAUAUUCAGAGAAUGGCCGACAAUCUGGCUGCUGAGGUGAAGAAAGUGCGAGAUGGACAGGGCCAGAAGUGUCCUGUGGUAGUGGAGGGGAGGGAUAGUGAUGACUGGGUGGUGGUGCAUCUAGGUGACACUGUGGUUCAUUUGAUGACACAGGAAGCUCGUCAACUCUAUCAAUUGGAGCAGCUAUGGACACUUGGCCAUCACUAUGAUGACCAGUAUCAGCGGAUGGAGAGAAUUAACUUGGAAUCAGAUGCCCUCAGAUAGAUAUUUAGCACGUAUAAUAAUAAUACUGAACUUAUUUCAAUCAAUCCAUAAAUCAUUGUAAUUAUAAUUAUGUCCGCAAUCAAUUAA